CCUGAGCCCGGCACCAUGAAGCAGGAGUCCGCAGCCCCGAACACCCCGCCCACAUCACCGUCCCCUCCGACCUCCGCUCCGCACCCCCGAGACGACAGCGAUUCUCUGUGGAUUUUUGGGUACGGCUCCCUUGUGUGGAGGCCCGACUUCGCUUACAGCGACAGCCGAGUGGGCUUCGUGCGCGGUUAUAGCCGCCGUUUCUGGCAGGGAGACACCUUCCAUCGGGGCAGCGACAAGAUGCCUGGCCGUGUAGUGACUCUCCUUGAAGAUCAUAAGGGCUGCACUUGGGGUGUGGCAUAUCAAGUGCAAGGUGAGCAAGUAAGCGAGGCUCUGAAGUACCUGAAUGUGCGGGAGGCAGUUCUCGGCGGCUACGAUACCAAGGAAGUCACUUUCUAUCCCCAAGAUACCCCUGACCAGCCACUCAAGGCAUUGGCCUAUGUGGCCACCCCACAGAACCCUGGCUAUCUGGGCCCUGCACCCGAGGAAGCCAUUGCUACGCAAAUCCUGGCCUGCCGAGGCUUCUCUGGCCACAAUCUUGAGUACUUACUGCGUCUGGCAGACUUCAUGCAGCUCUGUGGGCCUCAGGCACAGGAUGAGCACCUGGCAGCCAUUGUCGAUGCUGUGGGCACCAUGCUACCCUGCUUCUGCCCCACGGAGCAGGCUUUGGCACUGGUCUGAGGGGCUAGGCCCCUGCAGGGAGUGCCCUUAUGGACAUUGGGGCCAGAUACCCACUCCAGUGCCCAAGACUCACUUAAACAGCCCACUAAGAGGACAUGGUAGGUGGCUGGAGCUUCUCUAAGCCUCUGCCUGUCUGCCAGCCUCCAGCACUCUUUUCAACACUGACUUACUACUUGAAACUUUAUUUAUUGCACCAUGUUGGUGUGGUGGGCAGGGUGGGGGCCUGCCCUGGACAAAGGGGCCCUGCUGAGCAGUGGCCUCACCUAGGCACGUGGAGCCUGACCAGAUUCUCCCCUAUGCUGCUAACCCCACCUCCACCUCUCAAGGGAGUCUCCAAGAGCCUUGAUCCUUUGCCCUUCCAGACCAACCAUUCCAUAGCCCUGGAAAUAACACCUGCCAAAGGCCCCACCAUGCUGGAUGAGGGGCAGCAGAGAGUGAGGAGAAGGGGCCCUACCAGGAUGGAGGCCCCCAAUAGCUCUGCUCCUCUACCAAGGCCCCAAGGCAGAGGUGUAUUUCAUGCUUGGACAAAACUGCUUACCCAUUUGGUUUUGCUUCCCUGUCCCUCUGUCUGCUGGUCUGUCAGGGCCACUGCUGUCUGUCUAUUUCUGCAAAGCUCAUCACUACAGACCCUAGUACCUUCCCAGUCUGUCCCAUACUAUUAUCCAUAAACCAGUGUA